AUGUCUUCCUCCAGACCGGGACUCCGGUUAGCUGCUUGUUUGCUAAACAUUUCAGAAGCCAGAAGGAAAUAUGUUGUUGAGAACAUAGCAAAAGCAGCUCUUCUUGAAGAAAAUGGGCAGAAACAUCAUGAAGUAUCAGUGCUCAAUAUAUUUUCUGAUCCAGACUACAACAGAUCAGUCAUUACAAUAGCAGGAUCUGUUGAUAAAUUGGGCCUGGCGGAGCACCUGGUCCUGCGUGGUCCUGGCUGCAGUGUCUUUCUCUUCGGUGAAGCUGACCUGCCUGAGAAGCGCAGUCUUGUCCAGCGAAGGAAGCAGCUGGGCUGGUUCACAAGGAGGAAGCUCAGUACUCUGAAACCUGACCUAGGCUCCACACCUGCACCAAGGUGUGGUUUAACAGGUUCGGUAUCACGUAGAGGUGUUGGCGCUAGCCCUUACGUGAUGAAUUGCAACGUCACCAUAGAGUCUCAAGACUUGAUUGCAGGAAAAGACAUUGCUAGUGCCAUCCGGGGCUCCAGUGCAACUGGACUGAAGGGUGUCCAGGCAAUGGCUUUUCCCCAUGAUGGGAACAUUGAAAUUGCUUGCAACGUAGAGAGUUUUGAAGACCAAGAAGGUGGAGAAACCUCAGAAGACUCUCAAUAUCUGGUUUACAGUAUCCUUGGGAACCAUUUCUCGUAUAUAUCUCCUCAUUAUAUAGAAGCUCAAAUACAAAAAUUGGCAAGUGAUCGGGGAAUUGGUACUAUAGGAAGAGCAAUCAUUGGAUUUACACCCCAAGAGUGCAAAAACUGUGCUGAAUAUGCCCUAAGGGAAAGUAUUGGGGAAUUCUGGAAGAAACGGGAAGGUGUUUUCAUGUAA